ACUUGUCCUCAGUUCUGUCUCUGACUACUUUGCUGCAAUGUUUACAAGUGAUGUUUGUGAAGCCAAGCAAGAAGAGAUCAAAAUGGAAGGCAUAGAUCCCAAUGCACUAUGGGAUCUUGUUCAGUUUGCAUAUACAGGCUGCCUGGAAUUGAAAGAAGACACCAUUGAAAAUCUCCUAGCAGCUGCCUGCCUCCUCCAGCUCCCACAAGUAGUAGAGGUUUGCUGCCAUUUUCUAAUGAAGCUUUUGCACCCAUCCAACUGUUUGGGAAUACGAGCAUUUGCUGACGCGCAAGGAUGCACAGAGCUUAUGAAGGUGGCUCAUAACUACACCAUGGAGAACAUAAUGGAAGUUAUAAGAAAUCAAGAAUUUUUACUUCUACCGGCUGAAGAACUCCAUAAACUUCUUGCUAGUGAUGAUGUGAACGUUCCUGAUGAAGAGACAAUUUUCCAUGCCUUAAUGAUGUGGGUGAAGUAUGAUAUGCAGAGGCGAUGCAGUGACCUAAGUAUGCUACUUGCUUACAUCAGAUUACCACUGCUCCCACCACAGAUAUUGGCUGACCUAGAAAACCACGUGCUUUUUAAGGAUGACCUAGAAUGCCAGAAGCUUAUUCUGGAAGCCAUGAAAUACCAUCUUUUACCAGAGAGAAGAACCCUCAUGCAAAGUCCAAGAACUAAACCUAGAAAAUCUACGGUUGGGACACUUUAUGCUGUUGGAGGAAUGGAUAACAACAAAGGUGCUACAACUAUUGAAAAGUAUGAUCUCAGAACAAAUAUAUGGAUCCAGGCUGGAGUGAUGAAUGGCAGGAGGCUUCAGUUUGGUGUUGCUGUUAUUGAUGACAAGCUGUUUGUCAUUGGAGGCCGAGAUGGUUUAAAGACCUUAAACACUGUUGAAUGUUACAAUCCAAAGACCAAGGCUUGGACUGUGUUACCACCGAUGUCAACACAUAGGCAUGGCUUAGGAGUUACAGUGCUUGAAGGGCCUAUUUAUGCAGUGGGAGGACAUGAUGGUUGGAGUUAUUUGAAUACAGUUGAGAGGUGGGACCCUCAAAGUCAGCAGUGGACAUUCGUGGCAAGUAUGUCAAUUGCCAGAAGCACUGUAGGAGUAGCAGCAUUAAAUGGCAAGUUAUAUUCAGUUGGAGGUCGUGACGGAAGUUCGUGUUUGAGUUCAAUGGAGUAUUAUGAUCCUCACACAAAUAAAUGGAAUAUGUGUGCUCCUAUGUGCAAGAGAAGAGGAGGUGUAGGAGUGGCUACGUGUGAUGGCUUUCUUUAUGCAGUUGGAGGUCAUGAUGCUCCUGCUUCUAACCAUUGUUCCCGACUGCUGGACUAUGUAGAAAGGUAUGACCCAAAAACCGAUACAUGGACAAUGGUGGCUCCACUAAGUAUGCCUCGAGAUGCUGUUGGUGUCUGUCUCCUUGGUGACAAAUUAUAUGCAGUAGGUGGCUAUGAUGGCCAAACAUACCUGAACACUAUGGAAGCAUAUGACCCUCAAACUAAUGAAUGGACACAGAUGGCUUCCCUAAAUAUUGGAAGAGCGGGUGCCUGUGUUGUAGUCAUCAAACAACCAUGA